AUGUCACGACGCGUCAUGACUCGGUUGAGACCCUGGCCCAGACCCGCAACAUCACUGAUCGCGUUGGCAUCAACGAGGUCGCUCAGCUCGCAGUCGACGGGUGCCGCCCCACUCUGUCCUCCCCGUCGAGCGACCACUCCAUUACGCCGGACGCCUCAACCAAUAACCCGCUCCAAAUGUUUAUCCUCCUCAAUCCGCACCCAGCACCCCGAUGCACCUCCACCGCAACGAACCGUCGCGAUCCUCGGCGGCGGUCUUUCGGGCCUCUCCUCGGCCUUCUACUUUCUUCGCGCCUUGCCUCCCCACCUACGCCAAUCGACACGCAUCGUCGUGUGUGAAAAACAAGAUCGAGUUGGAGGCUGGUGUCGAGCGAUCAAGGUGCCUCUCAACGGUGGGAAGCAGGGAGACCAACUUGUUUUCGAGACGGGUCCGAGAAGUAUUCGACCGGUCGGCUUGAUGGGCUGGUUGACGAUCGAGAUGGUGAGCCUGCAGACGGUGAACCCCUCCUACUCACUAUCCCAAAUUGAUAUUGGGUUCCCCUUGGCAUUCAUCACAGGCCCACACGAUCGGUCUCACCCCCCGAAUCGUCACCGUCUCCAAAUCGGCCCCCUCCGCGAAAAACCGCUACCUCUUCAUUGACCGUUCGCUCUUCCUCCUCCCCUCCUCCCUCUGGUCCGCUUUCAAAUCUCUCUUCUCCCUCCAAACGAACCUCAUGCGUCGAGUUAUCCCCUCGAUCCUUCUCGAGCCUUUCCGACCUCGUUCCCCACUCCAUGCAACACCCGACGGAGGGGACGAAACCGUCGACGCCUUCUUCUCGCGUCGCUUCGGCCCCGUCUUGGCUUCCAAUAUGAUCAGUGCCAUGAUCCAUGGUAUCUACGCGGGUGAUACGAGGCGGUUGAGCGUGAGGGCCAUAUUCCCUGGGUUAUGGGAGGCGGAAAGGGAAUGGGGGAGCGUCAUCCUCGCUGCGUUGUUUGGUGGGAUAUGGAGGAAAAGGGGUUGGAAACCCAAGAGUGCUUAUAGGCUAGGCGUCGAGCGCGAAGCGGUGGUGAUGGAGGAAAUCAAAGAACGCUUGGUGCAGAGUGGUGAGGAAGGUAAAGACUUGGUGGAUAGGAUGUUAGGGGCCAGUGUUUGGGGUAUUAAAGGGGGUUUAGAAGAGUUGACGUUUGGGCUGGAAAGGUGGUUGAGGGAGCAAGGCGUCGAGUUUCGAUUGGGGGAAGAGAGUCAGGUCGAACGGACCAAGGAGGGGGAGUGGACGGUAAGCAACCAUAAAGCACUUUGUUGGGAGAGAGCUUCCGGACUCAUGUAUCUUUGGGCUGCAGAUCAAGACCCCAACCACGACCCUUCACCCGACCCACCUCAUUACAACCCUCCCCUCACUCCUCCCCGAUCCCAUCUCCCCUCCCCCGAUACCCGCCACCACAGUCUCCGUGAUCAACCUCGCAUUCCCCACCUCACCUACGACCCCUCGUCUCCUCCCUCCAGGUUUCGGCUACCUCAUCCCUCGGACAGUCCCGAGGAGCGAGAACCCACAUCAAGCGCUAGGGAUAAUCUUUGAUUCGGACGUUAUGCCCCAUGUCGACGCAUGCUCUACAUCUUCUACGACGUCGGAAGGUCUCGAAAAGCUCUCCCUCCUCAUCGGUGGUUCCUACUGGCUAGACCAUCACCCACCGCCUGAGCCGAGCCACUCGGACCUCGUCAAGCAAGCCCUACAAACCCUGCAGUUGCACUUCCCCUCCACCUCCUUCCCUACCCCCUCCUACGCAUUCUCCACAACUCACCAGCACUGCAUUCCCCAAAUUCCGCCCUACCACUUCCUCGCCUUCCGUCAAAUGGGCCAAAGACUUCGUCAAGAACGUCGUGUCAGAGUCGCUGUAGUAGGCGGCGGUUUCGCGAGCGUGGGAGUGAACGGGGCCGUGAAGGCGGCUUGGGAGGUUGGCGAAGGGAUGGCGAAGGAUGUCAGGGGGGAAGGGGGUUAUAGAACCGGUACGGAGAUGUGGGAUUUAUAG